AUGCCAAUUUCGACGACCUACCCACCUCUUUACACCAUCUCGCACCCGCCGCCCACGCUGUCCAAAGUCGCUGGGUCACUUCCAGGCAACGAGGAGACCUUGCUGCUCUUCUCUGCCGACCGAAUCCCCUUCCGCAUCCCAACACACCAGCUAGCGACGGCGAGCACUGCCUUCCUCUCAUCCUCGUCCCUCAACCGCGCAGGUCAGCGUCAACUCCGCUUCUCCGACCCCCGCAUCGAAACCUCCUCAAUCCUCAACCCCUUCAGCGAGCUCAUCCUCGAUGCUGGCCUCACUUCCCCCACCCUUCUAAAACUCAACGUUGCCACCGCCACCGGACUGGUGCGCUUCCUGCAGAAAUGGGACUGUCCGGGACUGCUUCGUCUCGCACUCGCCUGCAUGCACCACGGGUACACGGCUGGCGCGGUCAAGAGCUGGGUCAUCUUCAUGGCUGCCUGUGUCGCUGAGGACGCGGAUAUCGUCGCUUCCAUGCUUAAUGAUCCCCGUCACGGAGGGUGGAAGCGCGAGGGCCUGUCCAAGGCGGCAGACGACCUCACCCUCGAUAUCGAUGUGCGUGGAUACCCCUUUGAGUGGUGGGCCAUGGUACCGGCCGGCUUCCAGUGGGCUGUGGGGAAGGCGAUGACUUAUGGCGACAAGUAUCCCCAGUCGGUGAGGGGCCGGGGGGACGUGUUCCGCGAGCUGCUCAAGGCGGCUAAGGCUUGA